GUGCUACUCGUCGCUACGGGUAACCGGGGCUGUAUCGAUUAGGUGUCGAUCGCCUUUUAGUAUCCUGGUAUAGACUGGUGUCGUGCUUCUGUGCAGUUUUGACUCAUUUUUGCUAGGAGAAUCGAGCGGGCGUGACGUUAUUUCUCCCUCCGCUAAGAUCUCUGCCCGGUCUUCAGAGCAGCGUCAUGGCCGAGUACCUGCCGACCGACCCGCACUUCGCGACGCGUGCCAUCUGCGAGGGUAACGAGCCCGAACAGUGGAACUCGCGCGCCGUCGUGCCGCCCAUCUCGUUGGCGACCACCUUCAAACAGGAUGGGCCGGCUGAGCACCGGGGCUUUGAGUAUUCGCGGAGCGGAAACCCGACCAGGAACGCGAUGGAGAAAUGCUACGCGUCGCUGGAGAAGGCGAAAUAUGGCAUGGCAUUCGCCUCGGGCUUAGCGGCGACCACGACGAUUGUGCACAUGCUCAGCUCCGGCGACCACAUCGUCUCCAUGGACGAUCUGUACGGAGGCACGAAUCGCUACCUCACCAAGGUGGCCAGCAGAAUGGGCAUUGAGACGACCUUCGUGGACGCGGUUAACACACAGCACGUGGCAGACGCCAUCAAAGACAGCACCAGGCUGGUGUGGGUGGAGACGCCGACCAACCCGACCAUGAAGCUGGUGGACAUCGCCGCCGUCGCCCAGGUGGUCAAGGAGCACCCCAAGGUCAAGCUGGUGGUCGACAGCACCUUCAUGUCGCCCUACUUCCAGCAAGCGCUGGCGCUGGGCGCCGACAUCGUGAUGCACUCGGCUACCAAGUACAUCAACGGCCACUCGGACGUGGUCAUGGGCCUGGUGGCCACCAACCAGGACGACGUGCACGACAGCUUGCGAUUCCUGCAGAACGCCAUCGGACCCGUGCCGUCCCCCUUCGACUGCUACCUGGUGAACCGCUCCAUCAAGACGCUGGCCGUGCGCAUGCGCCAGCACAGCACAUCAGCGCUGGAGGUGGCGCGCUUCCUGGAGAAGCACCCGGCCGUGGAGCGCGUGCUGCACCCGGGCCUGGAGUCGCACCCGCAGUACGCGCUGGCCCGCCGCCAGACGUCCGGCCCCUCGGGCAUGCUGAGCUUCUACAUCCGCGGCGGGCUGGCCGAGAGCCGCGCCUUUCUGCAGGCGCUGAAGCUGGUGGCGCUGGCCGAGAGCCUGGGCGGCUACGAGUCGCUGGCCGAGCUGCCGUCGCUGAUGACGCACGCGGCCGUCAGCGAGGAGGAGCGCGCGCGCCUCGGCAUCAGCGACUCGCUGCUGCGGGUCAGCGUCGGCCUCGAGGACACGCAGGACAUCAUCGACGAUCUGGACCGGGCGCUCCGGAGCGCGGUGCCCGUCUAAUGCUGCUGGUCAGCAAGCGGGCCGCUUCCACGCGCUGGCCGGGGGCGCUCUCCGCUGGAGCGAUCCGCCGGACGAGACCGUUCUGGCGUCGCCGCGCGCCGCGGUCGUCUUCGAGCGACGGCCGGAUUCGCGUGUUACGCUGCUGAGUAGCGGGCGCGUGAUCCGCCGACGCGCGGCGUCUGCUGCGCUCCAGCGGGCAUGGGGCGGGUUUGGCAGCAGCUGAACGGCACGCCCGCUGGUCGGGCUUAUAGUUUGUGACCAUUUUAAGCUCAGUGGUGUGUUUUGAGCAGGUUUGAACCCAGGGACUCUGUUUUGUUUUUGCUUGUUUGGCUAUUUAUUGGAUAAUUGGAUAUGUUUAAUUAAAAUUGGAUAUUUGGCCAUUGCCGUACCGACCAUGCGUCAAGACUGCCACAUGGCGAAACAUCUGGAAAAGGUUUCACUUAGUUUGUCUAACGUGUUCUUCAUUUAGUCUUCCGUCAUCAAUUGCUUUCCAUCUGUCACUCUCUGUGUGGCUUUCAAAGACAGCACGAAUAAAGGUAUUACCAGAA